AUGCCUCGCUACUCAUUCACUGACUUUGCCUUCAACAUCCGCCUCGUGGAAGAGGCCACUGGUCGCAGCCGUCGUGUGGUGGUCAAUGGAACGCCAGGAAAUCUGUUCGUGGAAAUCCAAGAGCUUGACCGAUUUGGGACCGAGAUUCUGCCCAGCUCAGACGAUGACAGCUCAGUGGAAGAAGUCGCCCCACCAGCUCGCCCUCCUGUCAACCGUGGAGGGCAAGUUGAAUCCAUCUUGGCCAACCGCCAAGCCGUGGUUGAUUUUCUCAACAGUAUGUGGAUCGAGUACCGAAAUCUCCGGCAUCGUGCAGGAGGACGAAGAAGAAGGAACCAACAAUGGAACCAACAACGAGGCCGAUGA